UUUGAGGUUUAGCUAAAUAUUUCCGUGUAUUCAGUGAAAAUGUCUUCAGUUCCGCCUCAGAGAGAGUUUAUCAACGAGCAGGUAACUCCUGCUGGAGAAACAUUCACAGAGUGGAAAGAAAUCAACGUUAAAAUGGAGGAAGAGAUGGAGGAUCAGCGCAGACUGAUGGAUUUCAGCCGGAUACCGAAGAUCAUCUUACACCGAAUAGAGGAGGAGGUUCUCAAUGAGCUCAGCAACCCGGAGGAAAACUCCACUUUGGAUCAAGAGGAACCAGAACCUCUGCAGAUAAAACGGGAACAAGAGGAACCAGAACCUCUGCAGAUAAAACAGGAACAAGAGGAACCAGAACAUCAAGAGUUCAAAGAGGAAGAGAAGCAACUCUGCAUCAGUCAGGAUGAAGAGCAUCUUGUGCUGAAACAGGAGACUGAUGACAUUUUGGUGAACAAACAGCAGAAAGGCACAACUGAGACUUCAGAAAAAGAAACACACAAGAAAACUCAACCAAACCAAAAUCUAUAUUCUUGUAAAAUUUGUGAUAAAACCUUUUCUCGAAAUAAUUCCUUCAUAAUACACGUGAGAACUCACACGGCCAAGAAAUCUUUCACAUGUUCAACCUGUGGAAAAGAUCACCCUUAUAAGAGUCGUUUAAUUGAUCACAUGAGAAUUCAUACAGAUGAAAAACCGUUCACAUGUGCAACUUGUGGAAAAGGUUUCCAUCAGAUUGGCACUUUAAACAGACACAUGAGAACUCACUCAGGUGAGAAGCCUUACACGUGCACAACCUGUGGAAAAAGUUUAGCGUCUAAAUCUCAGUUACUUUAUCACAUGACGACUCAUACAGGUGAGAGGCCUUUCUCUUGUGGGACCUGUGGAAAAGGUUUCCGGAGGAAAUCUGACUUGACUUGUCACAUUAGAAUUCACACAGGUGAGAAACCGUACUCAUGUGGGACCUGUGGAAAAAAUUUCACUUGUAAAAAAAGUUUAACUGUUCACAUGAGAGUUCACACGGGUGAGAAGGUGAUCUCUUGUGGCAUCUGUGGAAAAGAUUAUUUGUUUAAAUCUCAGUUAGUUGAUCACAUGAGAACUCACACAGGUGAGAAGCCUUUCUCAUGUGGAACUUGUGGAAAAAGUUUCCCUUAUAAAAAAAGUUUAAAUACUCACAUGAUAACUCACACUGAAGAGAAGCCGUUCUCAUGUGGAACCUGUGGGAAAAGUUUUAUUCAUAAAAAAAGUUUAAAUGCUCACAUGAGAUUUCACACAGGUGAGAAGACUUUCUCUUGUGGCACCUGUGGAAGAAAUUGGUUGUAUAAAUCUCACUUAGUUAUUCACAUGAGAACUCACACAGGUGAGAAGCCUUUCUCAUGUGCGACCUGUGGAAAAGGUUUUGCUGUAAAACACCUUUUACAUUUUCACAUGAAGACUCAUACAGGAGAUAAUUCUUUCUCAUGUGGGACCUGUGGAAAAUGUUUUCCUUUUAGGUCAUUUUUACUUCUUCACAUGAAGAGUCACACAAGAGAGAAGUCUUUCUCCUGUGGGAUCUGUGGGAAAAGUUUCACUAAAAAAUACCUUUUGACUUCUCACAUCAGAAUUCACACAUGUGAGUAGUAGCUGUGCAUUGAUUUAUCAGCCAGCCGAUUAAUCUAUGUUGAUUUUCUUAAUUUUGGGACAUUGGUGAUCAGCAGAAACAUGCAUGUGAAGCCGAUCUGAUCCCCCAAUUUUAUUGACCUGAGCAUUUGUCUUCUGCUCCGUUGAGAGGUUUGACUAUUAGACCGGCCCACCAGGUCAUGUCUGCACUUUUGCAAUCGGUGCACCCUUAGUGAAAAGUGAGGAAAAUGUUGUGUGUGUAGAUCCAGUUUACGUCAUCACAUGAAGAUUCACAUGGGUUAGAAGCCUUUCUUUUGUAGGUCCUGUAGAAAAAGUUUCACUCAUUAGAAAUGUAACCGUUCACAUGAGAACUCACACAGGUUUGAUGGCACAAUGUGAACCUCAAGUAAGAUUCUCAGUAACUUGCUGUUUGGAAGUGGAGUGAUUGCAACCAACAUAUUUUGU